AUGGCGCUCCCCAUCUCCAAACCAAAACUCCCCGUCGUCGUCGACAAGCCCACGCCCUACACCUUCGACCUCGGCAACCUCCUCGCCCAAGACCCCAACCCCGUCGUCCUCCCCGCCUCCUCCAUCGACCAGGCCCUCGCCGAAAUCGCCCGCGACGGCGCCCAGUCGCUCAUCAACCAGCUCCUCACCACCUGCCCGCUGCAGUCCACCAGCGACGGCGUCCUCCUGAAGCUGCCCGCGCCCGCCACCCGCCUGCCGCGCGAGAAGCCCGUGCCCCAGCCCAAGCCGCCGACCAAGUGGGAGCGCUUCGCCGCCAAGAAGGGCAUCAAGGCCAAGACGAGGGAGCAGCGCCGCAACCUGGCCUACGACGAGGAGUCGGGCGAGUGGAAGCGCAAGUGGGGUUACAAGGGCCUGAACAAGAAGGGCGAGGACGACUGGCUCGUGGAGGUGGAUGCCAAGAAGGAGGCUGCGCGGAAAGAGGGCACCAGCAUUCGCGGCGAUGGGCGGAGAGAGCGCGUGGAGAAGAUUAAGCGCAAUGAGAGGAAGAUGAGAAAAAACCAGCGGGAUGCUGCUGACAAGAUGGGCAAGAAGGCCUAA